AUGCCACGCGAGAGUGACAGCUAUCUCCUUAUCGAAGUCACGCCUUUUGAAGCGUAUGUACAUACUUCUUGGACUGAUCUAAGACAUUGUAAAAUUAAAGAGGUUACGAAUUACAGAUAUAUCAACAAUUCAAUCAUCCUGAACUAUGGCCCACUUCUCACUUUUCAUCACGCAUUUAUAAACUGCUGCAGAAUUUAUCCGGGAUCCGAGAUAACGCGAAUUACUUUCAUACGCAACGAUGGCACCAUGGUACCAGGCAUCGACUACCACGAGAUGUCUAUUUGUUCCAUCAGUAGCUACUGCAGGGAAACGGAUAGCUACAGGGUACUGGCUGCAUCGCUUACAACUCCCGCUAAAGAAGAACGUUCUCUUAAAUCUCGCCAGGGAUCUUUUUCGACUCUUGCUAGAAUCAUUUCUACACAGAUACCUCAAGUGUAUCUACAAUAUAUAUCAUACUCCGUGGCCAAUAUGGUGUAUCUGUGGCUGCAUAAAAUGAAGGGGAUUGGUAGAGAGACCUGCAAAUUUUUUCUUUCAUCUGCAACUAGUACCCAGAGCUGCAAUCGCACGGCUAUUACUCUUAUUCACCGCUUGGAAUAUCUUCAAGCGAGAAUUAAGGCAAUCAAGAACAUGUUGUUUCGACGGAUCCGACGGGAUCGUCAUGAUGAACUUUCCGGGUCCAGUCCGGUCUGUAAAGCAGCCCUGAUUGGGAGAGAUGGUCUUCUUAAAUUUAAACCUCGGGAUAACUCGUAUGCACUACUCACGAUGCCGCCGCCACCCACAAACACACCGCUUGCUUUGGUUCCUGGUUAUGAGGGAAAUCCUGGACCGGGCCCCUUGGGAAUAAACGUUCAUAUAGUCAGACGAGAGAGGAUUCUUCUCACAAGGGAAAUCGCUUAA